AUGAGCGGAGUUACCAUUGAUAACAUUAACACAGUGAUGGAAGUCACUUCAAUCCCGUCCCCGCCAACUGUCGGAGGCAGCACUAUGGAGCCAGGUGAAUGGGCGCAUCGAGCCAAGGCAGCCUACUGGCUUCGCAGCAGGUCUCAAAUUCUCAAAAAUGGGACAUUGCUACACACCAUGAGUGACCUCCCUCUCUUACGCGAGCCAGCACUACGGCCACCAGGCCACACCAAGAAGGGGAAUCUACCAUGGACUGGCUACAUGUUUGAUGGCUUCAUAGCCCAGAAAAAGUGCAAUGCCGAGGCACUGCUGGCGCAGUCAACCGGGAAACUGCUGGAAAACAGCCACCAAUGCACACAUUGCCAGCGGGGUAUCGGGGUAUUUGAUCGAUGUGUCCGUGUGCCUGGAGAGUCAUACUGUGCCAACUGUCAUCUAUGUGGCUAUAAAGACCGCUGCAGCCUUCAGGAAGAGCCAAACCCUCCCCUCACCAUUGAGAGCCUGGACCUCGACAUAUCCCACGCCAAGGCACAGCGGUCGAGACUGGAGAUUCAACGGGCAGAAAUUGAUGCUCUCAUUCAACAGAAGAGCCAGGAGAUACAGGCCUUAGAAGAGAGGAGGCAAGCCAGCCAGACUCGCCACUGGGGGAGCUAUUAA